AUGUCUGCUCCAAACCCAAAGGCUUUCCCAUUGGCUGACGAAAAGUUGUCCCAACAGAUCUUGGAUGUUGUUCAACAAGCUGCUAACUUGAGACAAUUGAAGAAGGGUGCUAACGAGGCUACCAAGACUUUGAACCGUGGUAUCUCUGAAUUCAUCAUCAUGGCUGCUGACUGUGAACCUAUUGAAAUUUUGUUGCACUUGCCAUUGUUGUGUGAAGAUAAGAACGUUCCAUACGUCUUUGUCCCAUCUAGAGUUGCUCUAGGUAGAGCUUGUGGUGUUUCUAGACCAGUUAUCGCUGCUUCUAUUACCACAAACGAUGCUUCUGCUAUCAAGAACCAAAUCUACGCCGUCAAGGACAAGAUCGAAACUUUGUUGAUCUAA